UUUUCCUUUAACCCAAAAGCGGCCUGACCACAAUCGAUGACCCAACAACGUUGGGGCUCAUCGUCGCAAUGCGCAGAUUCAUAGCGGCGGCCAAACGCUCUGAGCGCGAGUUGAUGUUGAUGGUGACUCCAAACGUGGAGGGGGAACCCGGAGGGGCCGCGCAGCGUCCACGCGGAGAGAGACGCGCAAACUCCAAAUCUACAGCAGCAGCAGCAGCAGGCGUCAGGGUCGGGAUGGAGCCCACGACCUCCUGUACACCAGGCGAGGUGGUGUUCGUGCUGGGAGGACCCGGAGCUGGGAAAGGGACCCAGUGUGAGAAGAUCGUCGAGACCUUUGGCUACACACACCUGUCUGCGGGCGACUUGCUGCGGGCAGAGAGGUCGCGGAAGGGCUCCGAGUUCGGCACCCUCAUCGAGAAGUGCAUUCGGGAGGGCAGCAUCGUGCCGGUGGAGAUCACGCUCGCCCUGCUCAAGAAAGCGAUGGAGGAGACGAUGGCGAAGGAUCCGAGCAAGAGCCUGUUCCUCGUCGACGGUUUCCCGCGCAACAAGGACAACCUGGAGGGCUGGCAGCGUCACAUGGAGGGCAAGGCCAACGUCAAGUUUGUGCUCUUCUUCGACUGCAGCAACGAGGUCUGCAUCGAUCGCUGCCUGGAGCGGGGGAAGAGCAGUGGACGCUCGGACGACAACAGAGAGAGCCUCACCAAGCGGAUCGAGACUUACCUGACGUCCACCAAACCCAUCAUCGACAGCUACGGCGUGGAGGGGAAGGUCCGCCGCGUCGAUGCGGCCGGCACCGUGGCCGAGGUGUUUGCCGAAGUCAAGAAAGUGUUCGGGAAGAAGUGAGACUGCCCCAGUGCCACUCGGAGCGUGCAGAGUCCAAGGCAGUUGUGAAACUCGGCUUGUUUAAUUUCUUCACUUUUCUCUCUCUCUCCUCUCCCCUGGGUCGUCGUCGCUUUCUCGCAAAAUGGGAUGCUACGAACGGUGAAUGACGGUGGUGGUGAUGGUGAUAAUCAUGCGAUCAUUUUUUUAAUUCAGGGAAGUAACAUUCUGAAGAAGUGUGCGUGAGUGAGUGUGCGCGUGCGUGCGUGGUGGCGUUGGCUGUGACGGUCGCUUGAACUUGUUUGCUUGGGAACAUCGUCGCGAUCGUCAACAUCAUCAAUAUAUUUAUCACGGUUAGCUAGGUACGGUGCGAAUGAAGUUCUACGUACAUACACGAUCAACGUCACCCUCAACAAAGACAACACCACCAACAUCCUUAACAUCGUCGUCAACAUCAUCGUCGUCAACAUCAUCGUCGUCAACAUCGAAACGUCAGUCGUCGCGACACCGUAGAAAGCGCUGUGCCCAGCGCUCGCGUUUCUACACCGGCGCUGCCCGACAUCACGACCUCACGCACCUGCAGCUCGGCACAGAAACCCCCCCCCCCCACACACCUCCUUCGCUCCAAACACCGCCUUAGGAUCCCGAAAGAGCCGAGCUUUCAGCCGCAACGGGCACGUCCACAACAACUCGCUGGGGCGCGGCAGAUAAAGCGGCCGCGUCCGCGGAUCGUGUCGUGCGAUCGAUCCCGAGAAGGCGGCCUGGGUCACGUGACAGGUGGCUGGGUCAGGUGACGGGUGGCUGGGUCACGUGACGGGUGGCCGGGUCACGUGACAGGUGGCUGGGUCACGUGACGGGUGGCUUGGCCGCGGGGCCCCGGGGCUUGGCGUCUGUAUGUUUAGCCGCGUGCUCCGAACGUAGUCAUCGUUAUGUUUCGUUCCGCGUCAAGGACUCGCAAUGCGAUGGAAAAAUAAAAAUAGAAAUCACGGAAUUAACAAAUUGGGUGUUAACCCCAGCGGGGCCCGGGGUGGCUCCGACGGCCACAGACGCUGAGAGGCUGAGGGGCUGAGAGGCUGGGUUCCAACCCGGGUCUCAGCCACCCACCCUUAGUGAUUGCACCACAGCUGAUGGUCUCACCUGUGACUGACACAGAGACCCAUAGACUCACAUAGAGAUCCAUAGACUCGCAUAGAGAUCCAUAGACUCACAUAGAGACCCGCAGACUCACAGAGAGACCCACAGCCUCACACAGAGACCCAGAGACUCGCAUAGAGAUUCAUAGACUCACACAGAGACUCAUAGACUCGCACAUAGAGACCCAUAGACUCGCAUAGAGACUCAUAGACUUAUAUAGAGACCCGUAGACCUGCAUAGAGAUUAAAGCCGAUCACCAAUGACUGCACAAUUACAUUUUUAGUUUUUUUUUUAUUGUUGCUUAAUUUGGCCAAAUUGCAGCUCGGAGAAUGACAAAUAUCAGCUUUGACUGCCAUGCAACGCUACUCAUCAUAUCAGGGCACGGUGGUGGGUACUGCCCCUUCGUGUGUGUGUGUGUGUCAAGAGCUAUCACUUGAAAGGAACUGCAGAAGGCGUUCCGCAGUUUUGAGAGUGAGCCAUGAGCUGCACUCCCAGAGUUUCCGUCUCGCGGUCGAUGCAAAGACGAUGACGACGACGCCGCAUCGUAACACGCCGUUGUAAGAAGACAUUCCCCCCCCCCCCCCCCGGAGCCUUUGACGCAACACCCUCUUUCAGAUCCGCUCGCUCUGCUGGCCCCGCGAGGCACACACACACACGUGUGUGUCUGUUGAACUUCUUUCACCCAUGUGACUCGGGGGCCAAGCAGGGCCAGGCGAGGGGGGGGGGGCGGCAUCCAGCGAGUUGGAGGGGCAAUUAAAUACCGCCCGCGUGUGUUGUGUGUGUGCACUCCAUGAACCCGGCGGCCCGAGUUCGAUUCCCGCUCAUGGCCAACGCCGCCAGUGAUCAUUAUCUGAACUGGUCCUGGGCCUCCCCUAGAUCGACUCGGCUGCAAAUGUGUGUAAAAUCAUCGCCACUCGGGAGACGAAGGUGGUCGGGCGUGGUGCUGGCCACCCUCCCCCUUCGCGUGCCGCUGCGGGCUUCACAGGUGUUACUCGCCCCAACAGUCGGUUAAGGCUACACGGGGGGGGAUCUUUGUCUUCUUUGUGUGAAUGUGCCGGGGCUGGCUUGGCACGGCACCGGCACGGCUCGGGUGCGCCAGUGGAAAGAGAGGUGUCGGUGGACGGUUCGAAUCGCAGGGGGUUUACCCAAGCCCUCGGGCGGUGACGUCCGCUUUCCCAGCGUGCGUGCGUCGCUCGCUCUGCGCGUGGCGUCCGUGGUUCUUCUCGUGUUUAUAUUUUGUAGCGUUUUUGUUGGGUGGCCUUCGUGUCCCACCUUCGACAACUCUUCUUUGGCUCGCGGUUUUUAGUUUAGUUUUUUUUUCCUGCCGGUGGUCACGUACGGAUCUCCUUGAUUUGUUUCGUCGCGGCGAUUUGAAAUCGCUCCUGCGUCUUGUUCUUCUUUCUCAGUCCCCGUCGUCAGAUCGUGUCGUUUCCUCGCAACGUAUUUGGUGCAAAUAAAGGUGGCGGUGACGGUG